AGUUCUCACUAAGGUUGUAUAUGCUAUGGUGAACAUGGUAGUAUCUAACUUAGUGAAUGUCCGUUUUAAAGCACAUAGGGUUCUAAACUCCUUAGUUACAACCUCCCGGCAAUGGGCCGUUGUCAUAAGACCAUGACUUCCUGUCAUCGCAAGGUCCUUGUGAAACCGGACCACGGGUACAGGCACUUCCCCUAUGUUGCACCUAUUAACCUGUGUGUCCCCAAAAUGCCUGUAGACAUUUUGCCGCGUUGAUGGAUGUCAGCCACUGCUUAGACCGGUUAAUCACAAUAUUUAAGUCUGCCUGAAGUGCGCAUGCAUCUGCGUCUUGCGUUAUUUCUCACCAGAUUUUUACAUCGUCAGCGUAAAAUAACACUGGGGACUCUACUAUACUUGGAAGAUCAUUUAUAUAUGGUAUAAAAAGUAAAAAAACCCUAGGUACUCCACUAAGUACUGGUUUCCAAGUGGAGCACUUGGAAUUUAUUCUUACUUCCUGUCUAUAACCUACUAGGAAAUCUUUAAGCCAUUUUAAGAGAGGUUCGGCAAUAUCAGGAUUUUCUAACGUCAAUAGCAGUCUGUUUGUUGGCACCUUGUCAUAUGCCUUACUGAAGUCUAUGUAGACAAUAUCCAGUGAGUUACCGUUGUUUAGCGUCUUUAUCGAAUGCUCCCUUGCUAUAAGGAGGUUUGUUGUGCAAGAUAAACCCUUUCUGAAACCAUGUUGUUCGCCAUUUAGCAAGUCAUUAGUUUCCACAAAUGUCAUUAUUGCCUUUUUGACUAUUCUUUCCAAUAUUUUAACUACGGUACUGGCGAGGCUGACAGGUCUGUAGUUUGAUGGAAGUUAUUUUGAUCCGGCUUUAUGUAUAAGAGUGGCGAUUGCAUCCUUCCAGUCCAUAAGUUCAAAAGUACUUCUGAUAUAUAGUUUUUCUCUUCGUUAAACCGAAAUCUUACACAUGUACUGACGCUACUGCUAUUCUCAGUGAAACAUCUAUAUUUUCUCUUUGACGUUCGAAAGGGCACAAACUACCACAUCGUUUUAGGCGGUGGCACAGCGCCACUUUGCAAUAGGAUAUACAGAGACUGGCGAGUUUUUGGUGUCAUUUUAAUUAGGUACCUACAACAUUUCGCUUUUGUUUUGGGAACCUAACCUACUCCAACUACCUGAGUGUUGUGAUCAUAUACCCUCCAAUAUUAUCUAACAGUACAGUCUCCAAUCGCAGCAGAUGCUAAUCGGGGAUUAACACAAUCAACAACAGAUCUUUAUCAAUAUCCGGUUUAUCCUGAUACUCUCAAUUGUAUGGAAGGACGUAAUUCAAAUCAAUCCUUUCAGAAUUCUACACCAUCAUCUGGGUUAUUCACUAUUCCUUCAGGAACUCAAAAUCAGCAACUAAAUUGCUCGGUUCCACAGCUUGUAUCAGCAACUCCACCUGAUUAUGGUAUAAAUGGUCUGCCUGUUACUACCAAUAAUACGAAUUCAGCGUACAUACCCACCACCAGGCCUACAUCAGGUUUUCUUCAUCCGCCUCGGCCAUAUGAAACAAAUCCAUAUUUGCAGUCUUUUCCAACCACAAAUACUAUUUCCAAUUCACCCUUUCAUGCAAGUUCUUACUCGGAUUUUAAUGCAUCUAAUCAAUACAAUCCGUCGGUUUAUAGUCCCCUACAUUCACCUAUUAUGGAAAAUAAUCAGGUCUAUACUUCACAAGGUGGUUCUACUUCAGUGUGUGACUACACUGGUUAUUCUCAGCCUCCGAACUUCGAGUGUCGUUCAUCUGUCCCGUUAAAUUCAGGUGGUCACCCCACAUCAGAGUUUACCAACAUGCAGGCAGUUUCUCAAGUUUAUGGUGAGCAACAACAGCAUUCAUCUCUUAAUCCUCAAUUUGAUAAACCUAGUCCCGUGUUGCCCACAAAUCCAAGAACACUUACUCCUGGACAGAAUGUACUACCUUCCACAACAGCUUAUAAUAUGGACCCAUCUGUUAAAUCGCCUAGUCUCUACCCACCCCAUGUCACGAAUGAGGCGCAUGCGAUUUCGAAUUCUAUCGGAUCGUAUGGAAUGACUCCACCAUUACCUCCAGUUCCCAUGAUGACCAAUAAUACAACACAUCAAAAUCACCCACAACCACCUCUUCCAAGACCUGGAAAUACGCUACAGUCUGCCACACCUCGACAUACAGCUUAUGAACAAUCCGGUGUUUUUCGAAUACCAGGAACUGCAGCGUCUGUAUCUGACUGGAACAGUUUAAAAACACCAAUCAACCUUCUUCAAGAACGUUGUUUGUUACCAUCAGAUGGACCUGAUCUACCACCCAAACCUGCAUUGACUACUCCAAUUAAUUGUGAUCAAGACGUGAUGCGAUGUACGUUAACAAAUGUUCCAUCAACUUCAAAACUUUUGACUCAGUGUCGUUUACCUCUUGGUCUUGUUAUGCAUCCGUUUCGAGAUAUGAGUAGUCUACACACUAUUAGUUCAACUACCAUAGUACGUUGUAGAUCUUGUCGUACUUAUAUCAACCCGUUCGUACAGUUUAUGGAUUCCGGUCGACGCUGGAGGUGUAGUGUUUGCUUUCUGGCUAAUACUAUCCCAGAUGAAUUUUACUAUGACCCUGGAACUCAAACUUAUGGUGACCCUUCUAGAAGACCUGAAAUUCGUUCUGCUACUGUAGAAUUUAUUGCGCCUUCAGAAUAUACAGUUCGUCCUCCUCAACCGGCUACUUACCUUUUCUGUUUUGACGUCAGUUACAAUGCGGUUGCUACUGGUUAUUUACAGCUUGCUUGUAAACGUUUAGAAGCGUUGAUUGAUCGGAUCCCAGGUGACUGCAGACGUCAAAUAGCCUUUAUGACCUUUAAUUCUAGUGUUCACUAUUACAAACUUUGCGGGGAAACUAUGAGAAUGUUAAUUUGUCCUGAUUUAGAGGAAAUAUUUCUACCUGAUGAUGAAGGUUUGAUUAAUAGAAUUGAAGAUUCGGCUGAUUCACUACGCGAUUUUCUUCUGCAUUUACCUGAAAAUUUUAUUGGUACAAAUGAUACAGGAAAUUGUCUCGGAUCUGCUUUACAGGCUGCUCUGAAGCUGAUUGGUGCAGUAGGUGGUCGGAUAACCGUAUUCACUACUUGUCUACCAACAGUUGGUUCAGGUGCUCUCAGUUUGCGAGAAGAACCAUGUGAUCGGAGUUCAGUCGACGUGAAGCACUUGGGCCCAUCAACUGACUUCUAUAAAACAUAUGCUUUGGAUUGUUCACAUAAACAGGUAGGAGUUGAUAUGUUUAUUUUCAAUUCUCAAUAUUGUGACAUUGCCACAAUAUCUGGAGCUAGUCGAUAUUCAAGUGGAACAGUUCAUCAUUAUCCAGACUUUUAUUAUACACCAGAUGAGGAUGAACAUAUAUUACACACUGAUGGUAAAGUUCUUAAUGUUACGUCAGAUGAUUUUAAUAAACAACAAAAAAAUGUAUGUGUUGGAGUGGAACAAUUUCGUCGAGAUUUCGACCGGUAUUUAACCAGAAAACUUGGCUUUGAAGCUGUUAUGCGUAUUCGAUGUACUCAAGGUUUAGCUAUUCAGACUUUCCAUGGUUCGUGUUUUGUACGUUCUACGGACUUGAUUGCUUUACCAAAUGUGAGCCCUGAUUCUGGUUAUGCUGUCCAGUUAGAUUUAUCUGAAAGCUUAGAAAAAUGUGCUACAGUCUGUUGCCAAGCUGCUGUAUUAUAUACGUCAUCGAAAGGUGAUCGUCGCAUUCGUGUACAUACUUUGUGCUUACCAGUUGUACACACAGCAACUGAAGUAUUUCAAGGAGCAGAUCAAGGUGCAAUAGCUUGUCUUCUAAGUAAAAUGGCUGUAGAUCGAACGAUAUCUUCUGGUCUUUCAAACGCUAGAGAAGCUUUAGCGAAUGCUGUAGCAGAUGCUUUAUCAGCAUAUGCUACCACUUCUGGUAUUACACUUAAUAGUAACUCAACAGCUUACGGUCUACCUUGUCCACCGAAUCUACGACUACUUCCUUUGUAUAUUUGUGGUUUGCUUCGUUUUAAAGCUUUCAGAGUUGGAGUAACAACACGUUUAGAUGAUAGAUCAGCUGCUCUAGAGCGAAUUAAAACUGCUCCUCCUACUGAUUUAUUAACUUUAAUAUAUCCAAAGUUAUAUGCUGUACAUCGUUUCGUUUCAAAACCUUUGUCUUCUCAUACAACCCUUGCACAAAAAGCUGCUAGUCUUCGUUUAGUUGAUCAUGAUGACGACCAACGUCCUUCUGAUUGUGAUGGAACAUCUUCUUCAAAUGGAAGUGAAAGUAAUUCAGAAGCUGACCAAUUACCAUGUCAAUUACACUUGUCCGCUCAAUAUAUUACACGAUCUGGUGUAUUUUUAUUGGAUACUGGCGAACUUUUAUUACUAUUAGUUGGCUGUGGUGAAGAUGUUUCUCCAGGAUCAAACAAUGAUUCUGACAUUUUACGUCAACUUCUUGGUAUUUCAUCACCACGUCAACUUCCUGCACAAGGUGGUCCUUUCAUAUUACCACCCAUUAAUUUAUCUAAUGAAAAACAAAAUACAAUUACUAAUGAUAAUACUUCUAUUCCAAUUGGUCGUCGUAGGUUAUCUGCUCUAAUAAACCUGAUUCGAAGACGUCGACCAAUUAAUAAUGCUUUAGUUCUUAUGCGUCAUGAUUCAUCGUCAAAUCUUAGAUCACUUUUCUUAUCUUGUAUGGUUGAAGAUAAAACAGAAUCAGCUCCAUCGUAUCAGGAAUUCCUUCAAAUGAUUCAGAAUUUAGUCAGAACAUAAUUUUUGAAGUGUGUUUAUGUUAUUAUACUUUCUUUUCUUGUGAUAAUAUACCUUCAAGGUUUGAUGAUUAUGUAAAAAGGGAACGAAGUUGUUCAUCUCUUUUUUUUGGUGCCUUUAUAGUUCAAACAGUAGUGAUAAAUUAAUCGGCUUAUGCCUGAAUAUAGUGUAUUUUCUUCUUUUCAGUGUAUCCUUUUUUUUAAAGAAAAAAGAACAAAUUUUGUAAUCAGAUUGAUCAAUUUUAAAAAUGAUAUUAAUAUCACUAUGAUCCAUCAUUAACAAUUUGAUUGUUUUACAAAAUUUGUUGAUUGUUUCACAUUUAUUUUUCCCCCUUUUUUUCUCUCUCUCGUUUGUUCUGUGCUUUUUGUUAUUUUAUUUCAAAAAUGUGAAUAAUUAUUAAUAGUUCGAACCAAUUAAUUAUGCUAACAGAACGAGAGCAUUAUCUUUAGGAGUAAUUUAUAAUCAAUGAAUUAUUUAUCUGUCUAACUAAUCGAUCAAUUAUUACUAUCCAAAGUUUUCUUUACUAAUAAUAUUUUUUCUAAAAAAAAUUGGUUGUUUUUUUUCUUCUUUACUACCAGCAUACUUCAUGAAGUUGAAGUGGAUUUUUUGUUUCUCUUAAACUAAUUUUUGUUUUUGACUUCCUAUAGUGUUAUGAUUUAACAUCUUUAUUUUAAUUGUUUCUCUUUGAACUCUAUAAAGAUCCACUUAUUGUAUUAUGGUGUAAUAAUUUAAUACAUGUGUUUUGUGCUAAUGGUUUGAUUCAGUUCUGUUAAACUGUGAAAGCGCACAUACAUAACUAUUCGUUAUAUACAUGUAUUUAUUCAUGUUGUUUGUUCAUUUCUCCUGUGUAUUAUGCUAAGUGAAUACUUAAAUUUUAAGGAUAAAUUUAUUGAUUGUCAUAGAAUACAAUUAGUUCGUAGA